AUGGCCGAGUUCGUCAUCGCGCGCUACGACGAGCCGCUCGGCUGGCUCUCUGAGCUCGAGCCGGCGGCGGUCACCGUCUACAACAAGGGCGACGGCCCGUGCGGCGGCGGCGGCGCUCGCUUUGCCGAGGUGCGCUGCCCCAAUGUGGGCCGCGAGGGCGAGGCGUACCUGCGCCACAUCCUCGACCGCUACGAGAGCCUGCCGACCGUCACGGUCUUUGCGCAGGCCGACAUCACCGACCACCUCGCCGCCUGGACCGCCUUCGGAACCCGGUGGGGCGGCGCCCGCUUCCGCACCAAGGGCGACUUUUUGCGCCACCUCGCCGCGCAGGCCGCCGCAGAGGGCAUUUCCGAGCCGACCGAGGUGUUUCCGUGCGACACUUCGGACCACAACUGGCGCCUCGACUGGAACCGCGACCACCUCGGCCGGGAGGGCGAGUGGUUCAUGGCAGACAGCUACCGGGGAGGGCGGCGGCGUGCCUUUGUCGACUGGUUUGAGGCGCACGUCGCCGCCCCUCCCGCGGCGGGCGACUUUUCCGUCUGCUCGUGCGGCAUCUUUGCCGUGCGGCGCGACCGGAUCCUCGCGAGGCCGCGAGCGUACUACGAGGCGCUGCGCUCCGAGGUGGGGUGGCAUCCUGACCCGGCCGAGGGCCACUUCCUCGAGCGGGCGUGGUGGUACGUCGCGAGCGGGCCGCCGCCACCGCACCUCGAGGCGGUGCUGCGCGUGGCCGGCUCGCUGCAGCCCGUCCUCCUGCUCGGCGACCGGGCCAGCGUGCGGCUCGCCGCGCUGCCAAACGUGCGGUUUGUCGACGCGGCGCCGCUGCGCGCGGCGACGUCGCACCUGCGUGCCCACUACCUCGCGGCGUGCGCGGCGCCGGACCGGGCGGAGUGGGCGCGGCUCGACCGGCUCUUCACACUCGGCAGGCUCCUCUCCGGGAGGCGAGCGUGCGGCGGGCUGCUCGAGCCGCUCGAGCCGCCGCCUCGCGCGGCGCUCGCGCUCGACGACACGUGCGUCCUCCUCCGCCCGCUCUCCUCCUCCGCCGCCGCCUUCCUCCCGCCCGACGGGCGGUGCGCCUCCUCGGCCGACCUCGGAGCGGCGCUCUGCAGCUCCCGGUUCUGCGAGGCGCUCGAGCGGCGCUUCGAGGAGGCGGAGGAGGGCGGCGUCCCAACCCCGCGCUCGGGUGGCGAGCGGGCGGCGGGCGGGCCCUCGUACCCCUCGUACGAGCGCGGCGACGACGGGCUCGUGCGGUUUGUGCAGCGGGGCGGGCGCAACUUUGCGCUCGACCUGCCCAGCGGCGGGCUGGUGGAGCCCGCCUGCGUGCGGUUCGGCUCGUGCGGCAGCGGGGCGCUGCGGCUGCCGUGGCUGCGGGAGCGGCUCGCCCUCCCGCCCCUCCUGCUCGACCGGGCGAGGGAAAUUGAGCACCGCCGCGCAGCAGAGCAGCCGCGCCCUCGCGCGCAACACCAACACGACGCGGCAGCGGACGCAGUCGGGGGCCGGCCGCCGACGAUGGAGGACGACUCGGACCUGUUUGACCCUCCACGGCGCAUCACCUUCUCGUUCGACUCCUCUGGCUGGCUCUACACGUACCACCUCGGCGUGGCGCAUUACCUCCAGCAGGCACUGCUCGGCGGCAGCGGCGGCGGCGGCGGCCCGUCCUCCGACUUCGCCUUUUCGGGCUCCUCUGGCGGCGCGCUGGUGGCGGGCGCGCUGGCGACCGGGAUCGACAUCCACGCCCUCGCCUCGUUUGUCAUCUCCUGCCACGGCGAGUGCCAGUACAACCCGUGGAGGAUGUUUCCGUGCACGGACCGCGCCCUGCAGCGCUUCGUCGGGCAGGCGGCUCACAAGCGCGCCAACGGGCGGCUGCGCGUGCUGCUAACGCGCAUUCAGCUGUGGACCCUCAAGCCGGCGGUGCGGCCCGAGACGGUCUCCGCCUUUGGCUCGACGCAGCACCUCAAGCAAGUGCUGCGCGCCUCGUGCCACAUCCCCUUCCUGGCGGGCCCGCUGCCAUACCACGUGCCGCGCCAGGACGCGCCGGACGGGAGCAUGCUGCACGCGGGCGGCGACUUUAUUGACGGGCUCUACUGGCCGUCCGUGCUCUUCAUGUGGCGACAGUUUGACCGCGCCGACACCCUCGUGCGCGUCUCUGGGAUCGGAAACCCGCUCGCCGCCAUCCGGCCGCCGCUGCCGGUGCCGCUGCACUGGGUCGUGCUGCCGCCGCCGCCAGAGACGCUCUGGAAGCUCUUCGCGUGCGGGUACCACGACGCGGCCCAGUGGCUCGCGGAGCACACGGAGGAGGGCGAGGCCGAGCUGCUCGCCGAGGAGGAGGCGCCGCCCUCGCCCGGAUCGCACUCGGGCCUGCCCGGCUUGCGCCGCCGCUCCUCGCGCCAGCCGCUGCCGCAGCUCGGCGCGGCGGCGGCGCACGGUCUGCCCGCCGGCGCGCUUCCGCCGCCGCCUGCGCCGAGCCGCGAGGAGAUGCGUUGGCUUCUGCUGCGCGGGUGGGCGCACCUGCUGCUGCUGACGCUGCUCUUUCCGCUGGCGGUGCCGUACAUCGCCUUCCUCGAGACGAGACGCCGCAAGACGGAGGGCGACGAGCGGCCGCUGCGCGACGUCGUCUUCUACCGCGCGCUGCACUCGCUGCAGGCGGCCGCCUUCUUCGCGCUCUGGCCGCUCCUGCUCGGCGCGACGCUGCUGCGCUACUUCUUCUGCCUCUCGCGCCAGCCCGACCGGCGCCGGCAAACCUACUUCGACGGGUCCUCCUCCUCCCUCUCGUCGCUCGUGGACGAGAGCGGCUCGCUCCGCGCCUCCUUCCAGCGCACGCCAAGCGGCGAGUACCAGCGCUCCGGCGCGAGAGGGACGAGCCCGCGCGCCUCGCCCGCCCCGCGCGUGUGCACGAGGGGCGAGGCCGCGAAGGCCGCGAACCGCCUCUGA